ACAACGAUUUAAUGUCAAAUUCCGAAUCGCAAGCACAGACACGCAUCCCGACUCAGGCAGAACUCGAUAAAGUUGCCCAAGUCAACCUCUUGGACAAGAAUGGCGACAAGAAGCAGUUCGGCACACUCUGGAGUCGUCAUGGAGACAUGCCGCGUCGAACGAUCGUUAUUUUCAUCCNNUCGUGUGCCGACUACGUGCGUGCUCUGUCGACGGCAUUCUCCCCUGAAGAUCUGGCAGCCAGGUCUAUACCAACAGCACUCACGAUCGUUGGCUGUGGCAGUCAUACAUUCAUCUCGACGUACCUCAAACGCACUGGCUGUAGGUUUGAGAUCUAUACAGAUCCAUCACGCGUCACCUACGAUACACUCGGAAUGACGUGCAACUUGGGACUCGGAAAGAAGCCAGACUAUAUCGAGAACAGUUUUAUGGGAACUCUGAUUGGCACGGCGAAUACGUUAAUGACCUUGACCAUUUCAUCGGGAAAGAAGAGUCAGAAUGGUGGAGAGCUCAUCUGGAUUGACGGCGAGAUCAAGUGGGCAAGGAGGAUGCAGAACACACGCGACCAUGUCGAGAUUGAGGGUCUGAAGCAUGUCUUGGACGACCAGGAGAAGAACCCAAAGAAAGACGACGCCGCU